AUGAUCGCCAACUUCCUCAGCGCUACUACUUCCCUCGCCUCCAGGGCAUUCACAGCUACCAUCAGCACCGUCGUCCACUCCGCCGCCUAUGCCGCCGAGCUUCUUGACGAUAUUUCACAAAUCAACGCCAACGUGGCCGAAGCCGUCACCUUUGUUCUCGAUGUCCCCGGCACCUACGACGCCUUUGACUUUGAGAGCUACGUUUUCCACGAUUUUGUGGAGGCUUCCCCACAGUUGCCAAUUUCGGGCUCCUUUCCCACCGAUAGCCCAAACCGUUCCCCCAUCAACUCCCCAAUCGAUGGAAUGCCAAAUCCUUCACGCAGAAGCCCUAGACCUUCUGGCGAAUGGCAAACCAUCGAGGCUCGCAAGAGCCCUAGAAGAACUUUCUCUUCUUCUCCCGUGACUGCUGCCCCACCAUCCGACAUUCUGGAAUUCAGAAGCGUCAGGCAGAAGACUCACGGAAGGUACAGACAGCCUGUGCCUGAUAUGGAGAGCCGGCUCACCCAGGGGAACAUCUUCCUCGUUCUCCAGGAGUGCUAG